AUGGUCGAAGUGAAUAAAUAAGUUAUUAUUACGACAAAAAAACAACUUUUUCAGGGUGGUCCUUCGGAAACUCUGAAAAGAAGAAGAAGAAGAAGAAGUGCACCACGAAGAAUGAACGAUAAUUUCGAUGGCGACGUGCCAAUGGCGGAUCCGUUCCUUUCAUUGGUCACCAAGCUGGAUGAUAUCGACAGUGAGUGCUCUUUGAAAUGAUGAAAAGAUCCAGUAGAAUAGCGGAAUUUUAGCAUUCCCUAGCAAUGAUUCAAUGGAUUUCGAUAUGGAGAACUGGCAAGAAGCAGGCCCUUCUCACGCCAACGACGCCUCCGGCAAUCCGAAUCAGCACAGUCCCCCGCAGGAAUUCUACGACGGAGACGGGUUAGUUACUUUCACCUCUUUUACUUUUCUCAUAAUUAUCUCCUUGGAAUUGUCGUCUGGACAGUAGGAACUCAGCUCACAGAGCUCAAUUUACACAUUAUACCUCCUUCUUUGACUUUUCUCAUAAAAGAACCCAUAAAAAUGUCGUCUAGACAGUUGCAAAUGUUGGCAACUAUACGAGUUCGUUUGCAGACAGCGCGACGUGAGCACGUUGCACUCUCUGCUCAACAACCAAUCGGACGACUACUACGGAAUGCGCUUCUCCCCUCCGAACUUUGAUAACAUCGCGUCGAGUCGCUCGGUCUCCUCCCUCGCCUCCAAUCAGCCACUAAGCGACGGGCCGGCCAGUAUGCUCAGUGCUCUGUCGACUGCCUCCAACAACGGAAACUUCCCGGCGGAUGCCUAUCGACCUCUCUCGCUGGCUCAACAAUUGGCUGCUCCGGCCAUGUCAACCACCGGAGCGCCUCUUUAUGUGAAUACGAAUGGAAUCGAUCAGAAAGUGAGUUGAUUUUGAAAGGGCAGACUUUACGAGCACGUCGGUCAUUCCAAAAUCGUAAAAGAUAUGCUUUCAGAACAUCCACGCAAUGCUCUCUCCGCCUCACCACCACUCAAUCACUCCGCAACGACAAUCUCAAUCUUUCGCCGAACCGAUGGAACACAUCAACGGGUACAUGUCUCCAUUCGAUCCGGGAUCGAGCCACCCCACUUAUCCCCAUUACCUUAACCAAUCACGCAUUGUUGCUCCGAGAUCCGAGCAUCCGGAGCCAAUUGGAUCUCCGUCUGACGAAGUGGAAGAAGUGAAACCACCGAAAAUAUCAAAGUCGGCACGAGCACCCGCGGCGCCGACGCCAGCUCCAGGACCCGAAAGCCCUCCCCCGGCCACAAAUAUGAAAGAAGAACUGCUACGACUGCUGGUGAACAUGUCGCCGAGUGAUGUGGAGAGGCUGAAGAACAAGAGAGCGGGAGGUGGUGCCGAGAAGAAGUACAAAGCUCAGAAGGUGAUUGUGGAGCAGGAUCCGGAAGAUGACGAAGACGACGAUGAUAGUGAUUCGGGGGAACCGCAUCAGACUUCGAACAUCAUCGUUAGAAGUGAGCAAGUGGUUAGAGAACAGGACAGUACUAAUUCACUCUUUUUCAGGGCCUAAAACAGAAAGGAGGACGGCUCAUAAUCUGAUCGAGAAGAAGUACCGAUGCUCUAUAAAUGAUCGAAUCCAACAGUUGAAAGUUUUGCUCUGCGGGGACGAAGCGAAGCUCUCAAAGUCGGCCACUCUUCGCAGAGCCAUCGAGCACAUCGAGGAGAUUGAACAGGAGAACAGCACGCUCAAGUUCCAGCUGGAUCACUUGAGAAAACAACUUCAGAUGAACGGAAUUCCGGUUCAGUACCCGGAGAUGCCGUUCAUGGAUUAUUCAGUCACAUCUCCCAAUGACUCAUCGCCAUCGCCACCUCGAAAUGAACGGAAGCGGUCUAGAAUGAGCACAACGCCGAUGAGAAGCAUGAGUGGAAAAGAGGCUUCGAGAGUGACGCUCUUUGCGAUGCUCAUGGCUGUGCUGAUCUUCAACCCUAUCGGGUAAGCAUCAGCAUUUUGCAGAAACCGAUAAUAUUCGCUUCAGUCUACUGGCCGGCAGCGCCUCGUUCUCUCAAGUUUCCGCUGGUUCCAAACCGCCAGUGGCUUCUCCUUACGACCAUGGAAGAGUUAUUGAUGUGAGUUGCACAUUUCCCGAUGACUCCAAUGACGGACGUAACAUCUUUUCAGGACGCUGAUGGAACAAUCACACAGCCAAUGUACUGGCACAACAACAUCAUAAAACCGAGCUUCAGCUGGAUUAUCAACAUUGGAAUCUUUUUUUUUGUUCUAGUCAAACUGCUAGUGUAUGGAGAGCCCGUUCAAGAUUUCACCUCACUCGCGUGGCAGACAUUCGUGGCGACGCGAGAGAAAGCGAGAGCCGAGCUGAGCACGGGAAAUCUGAAAGAGGCGCAGAGACAGUUCUGCGAGUGUUUGGUGGUUUUGGAAAGAACGCUCCCGUCGCCGGGCAUUCCGACCAUCUUUUCGAUUGUGUGGGAAUGCAUUCGACAUCUUUUGAAUUGGCUCUGGAUCGGAAGGUACAUUUCAAGGAGGAAGAGGUCCACGACGAUGCCAGUAUCGGUGGUCUGCAGAAGUCAUGCGCAGACGGCCGUGCUCUACCAUGAAAUCCAUCAGGUUCGAGUCCUCGGAUAUCAUUCAACUACCAUGACAUUAAUUCAGAUCCACUUGAUGGGCAUCACCGACUACAACGACGAUUCCGAUGAGCCGUCGACAAUGUCCGGCCUCUACCUGGCUCUCUCUGCCGUCAACCUCGCAGAAGCCGCCGGAGCUUCCAACGACGGGCUCCCGCGUGUGAUCAUGGCGCAGAUCUACCUGGCCGCCUCGAUCCGCUGCCGUCUCGCCCUUCCCAACCUUCUCGCUCCGUUCUUCUCCGGCUAUUUCCUCCGAAGAGCGCGCAGACACGUCCGGAGGGCUCCCGAGCAUUCAGUCUCUCACCUCCUCUGGCUGUUCCAUCCGGCAACAAGGAAAUACAUGGCGGAUACGAAACGUCUAGAGCACAUUCUGAGUGCGAAGCAAAAGUUGAGAUUUGGAACGUUUGUGGAAGAGGAGCACUGUGAGUUUUGAGUUUUUAGACCGAAUCUCAACGAACAUCUCUGAUUUCAGUGUCUCCGUUAUCUCGGAUUCGUACAACUUUCAAAGUUUAUCUGCUCUCUAAACUUGUGCAAGAACUCGUUGGCGGUGAGGAAAUUUUCACGAAGAAUGUGGAGCGGAUUCUGAAUGACAAUGACCGUCUGGAUGACGAUGUGGACGUCGUCGACGUCUCCAGGCUUCUGGUUUCGAUCUCAACUCAAUGUGCAGCAGUUUUAACGAAUGAGAAAGACGAGUCAGCAAGUGAGUUACCGAUUUAAUAGUAAGUAAGAUUCAUGGAGCUACAAUCUGUUUUCAGAGUUCGGCUCCUGGCUGUCCAGGAACGGAGACGCUUCUUGUACCUGGUGGACGCACGUUCUCACUUGCGGCAUCUACUUUAGAAACAACAAAACAGAGCUGGCACGACAGCAUUUCUCGUUGAUCAGAAAUGGCACUCCCGAGAUUUUCAAAGAGUGGGUUUGACUUUCGGAAUCUGUUCCCCAAACUGAACGGUUUGUAGCAACCUCGGAAUGGCAGUCGGACACGCUCUUUGCACUCGAAAGUUCUGCCUGGAUGAUCGGGAUUCUCCGAAACUCAGUCAGUACGUUUGUCUGCACACCAGGCAGGCGCUGAAGUGCCUUCGGAUCUUCUCCACCUCCCGUACUUCUGGAGUCGUCUCGGGCAUUCAGGAGGGCGCGAGGAGGAUGGCCUACGAAUGGGUCAUGAGCUCCCUUCUCGACGCAUGGCGUAGCAAUAUCACCACUUCCACUCCGUACUGGACUCAGGCCUUCAGGGCACAGCCGACGUUCAGCACUUUGUACCAAGAAGCCUACAACCACUACGCAAUCCUUCACGGCCGUCGAGGAGACUGCUGGCGGCUCUUCGUCUACGAGCUCACUUGCCGAAUGCUCAACGGAGCCAACCCGCAAGCCACGUGGUCGGGAAUCCGAAGAGUUCGAUCCACGAAAAUGGACGCAGUGCGGGGAAGAGUGAGCAUGAGGAGGUCGGCUCAGCCGGACGCAUUCCACCUACACACUCUGCUCAAAUUGCACACUUCAAUGGAGUAA